AUGCAAAAACGUGAUGUAAUCGCAUUUUUGGAUCAAUAUGCAGUGAAUAUUAAAUGGAAAAAGAACAACAGGAUCAUGGAUGUAGGAUGCGGCGAUGGCGGCAACACGAGCAUUUUAACGAAUUAUGUUCCCACUGACUUCAAGUUAGUUGGGUGUGAUAUAAGCACUAAUAUGGUGAAGUUUGCAAACGACAAUUAUUCCAAUGAGCGAACUUCUUUCGCCGUGCUAGAUAUUGCAGGCUGUCUUCCAGAUUCAAUGAAGGGCAAAUUUGACCAGGUGUUCUCAUUCUACGCACUUCACUGGGUUUUAGAUCAAAGACGAGCUUUCGAGAAUAUUUACAAUCUGCUGGACCAAGACGGCAAGUGCUUUAUGAUGAUUCUGUGUAACAAUCCAGUUUUUGAUGUCUACCGUAUUCUUUCACGUACUAGCAAAUGGUGUACUUGGGUUUACGAUGUACAGAAUUACAUUUCACCUUAUCAUGACUCUGAGAAACCUGAGAGAGAAAUAACAACGCUGAUGGAAAGUAUUGGAUACACUGAUAUUAACGUGCAGUGUAAAGACUCGAACUUUUCGUAUCCUGAUAUUGAUAUUGCGAGAAAGCACUUUGCAGCCCUCAAUCCAUUCAAGAUUCCAAAGGACAAAAACAAUGACUUCAUGGACGACUACAUUGAAGUGCUGAAAGAACUUGAAAAUAGACAUAAACUGAAUACUAAAAACUUUCUAAACGGUAUUACACUGUACUAUAAACUACUUUUUGUAUUUGGUCGCAAACCGUCCUCGUCGGAGCACUGUUCAAAGUAUUAA